GGUAUUGAGACAAAUAAUUCACUCAUAAUAUUGAUAAUGAACAUUCAAAUUGUCAUGGUAUUGUAGUCGCUAAAAAACAUCGAAAUCAAUUCCCCUUAUGCGUCUAUUCCUAAUAUUCGGAUUUUCAUCGAAACUAUUAGAAGUUUGUGUAUAGGGUAACCUCAAAUAUAGAUUAGAAGUUCACGAACUCGUCAAGAAAUUGAUACGAAGUUGCUGUAAUGAUACACCAAAUUUCCUCAUAUGUUCAAGUUACAGAGGAGUAAAUAAUACAUUCAGAUACCUAUCAAGUGCUGUUUCCUCAGGUUGGGACGAUUUUGAAACAAAGUCCUGUUCCAGUAAUCUAGUAAUAUGUGCGACAAUAACAAGAGUGUUAUCAUCAUCGGUGGUGGUUUAGUGGGUGCGCUCUGUGCUUGCUUCUUAGCGAAAAGGGGGUACAAUAUUGAAAUAUAUGAAGUCCGCGAAGAUUUGAGAAAAUGCAAACUACAACGUGGACGUUCCAUAAAUCUAGCCUUAUCCCAUCGUGGAAGGCGUGCCUUAAGAAGUGUCGGUUUAGAAGAAGCAGUCCUUAAGCACGCUAUCCCUAUGAAAGGACGACUUCUACAUAACUUACCUGAUGAACUUUCUUCUGUACUUUAUGAUGAACAUACUAAUCAAUGCAUUUACUCAGUUAGUCGUAAUCUUCUCAAUGAAAUACUUCUGUCAGCUGCUGAAAGUUAUGAAAAUGUGAAAUUGUUUUUUUCCUGUAAGCUGGUCGAAGCAAACCUUAAAGAAGGUCAUUGUCUGAUUCAGAAUUUGAAAACGAGUGAGUCCAUCAGAUCAAAAGCUGAUCUCAUUAUUGGUGCUGAUGGUGCAUACAGCAAAAUGAGGUCGCAUCUACAAAAACUACCCCUAUUUCAAUAUUCACAGACAUACAUUGAACAUGGAUACCUAGAACUAUGCAUUUCUUCGGAAAAAGGUCACCUAAUGAUUCCCAAUCACCUUCACAUCUGGCCCAGAGGCGAAUUCAUGAUGAUUGCCCUACCAAACAAAGACAACUCUUGGACAGUCACUUUAUUUAUGGCACUGAAAAAAUUUAAAAUGUUGGACAGUAGAGAAAAACUGCUCAAAUUUUUCGAAUCCACAUUUCCAGAUAGUAUUGAUCUUAUAGGAAAAGAUGAUCUUGUAGAGCAGUUUUUCUCCUCCAAGCCAUCACAUUUGAUUUCUAUCAAAUGUUCUCCUUAUCAUUUUGAAAAUCGUGCGUUAAUAAUUGGUGAUGCGGCCCAUGCAAUGGUUCCAUUUUAUGGACAGGGUAUGAAUUGUGGUUUCGAAGACUGUACUCUGUUAGACCAGCUACUAUCUGAAUUCGAUGGAAAUUUCGAAUACGUACUGGAAAAGUUUUCUGAACGUAGAAAAGAAGAUGCGUUCGCCAUUUGUGAUUUGGCGAUGUACAACUUCAAGGAGAUGAGAGAUUUAGUCACCAAACCCAGUUUUCGGUUGAGAAAAGCUCUGGACAAUCUUCUCUAUAAGUUAUUCCCCAAUCACUGGAUACCCUUGUACAACAGUGUAUCGUUCAGUGAAAUAAAAUAUACAGAUUGUUUGAAGAAUAGAGAAUGGCAAAAUAGAGUUUUAGCCGCGGCUGUCAUCUGUUUAUUCCUUUUGGGAUUAUUAAUGAUAGUCUUUUAAUGGCAUAGCAAAUAAAAAUUUGAAGGUGAUUCACCUUGAAACAUUUGAGACGUGAAAUUCCCGAAAAAUUCAAAAUA